AUGCACGGCAAGAGACCACGUGCAAAUGGUGGAGGCCCGCACCAGAAGAGGUUCAGAAAGCAGAGGAAGAAGCCCGUGAAGGAGGGUUCUCAUGAGGAGAUCUUGCUUGCAGAUAUUCAGUCUAUGCUGGCAGCUCAGAAGCUUUCAGAAGAUGGAACCGAAGCGCCGUCACAGGAAGAGGCCCAGAACAGUCUGCCUGAACCCGGUAGUGAGAUUGAGGUCGAAGUUGUGGAACUGUCAUCAACCGGUGAUGCCUUGGCGCGACAGCCAGGUUCAAAUCAGAUCUACGUGGUGCCAUUCGCAGUGCCGGGCGACACUGUCAAGGUGAAGGCAUAUCGCCAUCUAACUCAAGAGCAGUAUUCCGUCGCAGAUUUCAUAUCAGUAACGAAGCCGUCGCCUCUCCGAGACGACAGCCGGAUACAGUGCAAGUACUUCACCAAAUGCGGAGGCUGUCAAUUCCAGAUGCUCGACUAUGCAGAGCAACUGAAGAUCAAGCGGAGGAUCGUGGAGAAGGCAUACCGCAACUUCUCCCAGCUGCCGCCUGAGCUGGUCCCUCAGAUACUAGACACCAUUGGCAGUCCGCUGCAGUACAAUUACCGCACGAAACUGACGCCGCACUUUGAUGGUCCGCCAGGAGGUAAACGCGAUAAGAACAGGCGUUUCGCAGAGAAGCCAGACUUUGGCUUCAUGCUAAAGGGGUCAAGGAAAACCAUGGAUAUCGAGGAUUGUCCGAUUGGUACUGAAGCAGUGCGGAGAGGGUUGACACGAGAGCGAGAGCGGAUGGCUGCCGAGUUUGGCAAAUAUGAGAGAGGUGCCACCAUCUUACUACGAGAAGACACAAAACGCAUCCCUAAAGCAGCUGCAAAUGGCGAUACCGAGGCUCCAGUCCCAGCGCUAUCGGAGACCAUACCAUCCCACUCCGUCUUAGUAGAGACGGACAAGUAUACCGACAUCAAGUCGUGCAUCACCGAUAACAACGCCGUGUCCACCGAGUAUAUCGACGACUUCGUCUUCACCAACCCGGCGGGCGCCUUCUUCCAGAACAACAAUUCCAUCCUGUCUCCCUUUACAGACUACGUCCGCUCCCAAGCCCUUCCGCCGUCCAAGUCACCAGACGCCAAACCCAUCCGCUACCUGAUUGACGCUUACUCCGGCUCGGGCCUCUUCACCAUCACACUGUCCUCGCUUUUCUCCGGCGGCAGCGUCGGCAUCGAUAUCGCCGACAAGUCCAUCGACUUUGCGCGCAAGAACGCCGCGCUCAACUCCCUCAAGGAGGAGCAGUGCCGCUUCAUCGCCGCCGACGCGCCCGAGCUGUUCAAGAGCGUCACGUACGACCCCGAUGAGACGGUGGUCGUGCUCGAUCCGCCGCGCAAGGGCUGUGACGCCAGCUUCCUGAGCCAGCUGCUGCGCUUCGGGCCCAAGCGUAUUCUGUACGUCAGCUGCAACGUGCAUACGCAGGCGCGAGAUGUCGGCGUGCUGGUCAGGGGCGAGGUCGACGGUGGCGCUGGUAGCAGCGAGGAAAAGGCUAUCGGUGGUACGCGAUAUGAGAUCGAGAGCCUACGUGGGUUCGACUUCUUCCCUCAGACGGGACAUGUUGAAGGCGUAGCGGUGCUAAACCGAGUCGAGAGCUAG